AUGUCGAAGGAAAAUUUAAGUAAGGAGUGUGUGGACGCGACCGAGGAGGCGCAGGUAUGUAAGGUUGGCGUCCGCGUACCGCCGUUCAACGCGGACGAGCCCGCACUGUGGUUCGCGCAAAUAGAAGCUCAAUUUCAACUUUCAAAGAUCACACAGGAUGAUACAAAAUUUUAUUACGUCGCCGGGCAGCUGGAGGCGCGGUACGCGAUGGAGGUAAAAGACGUAAUAACUAACCCUCCCGCUGCCGAUAAAUAUGGAAAAAUUAAGGCGGAACUAAUUCGGAGACUCUCCGCGUCUCAGGAAAAACGAACGCGGCAAUUAUUAGUUCAUGAAGAACUCGGCGACCGUAGCCCGUCCCAAUUUUUACGACACUUGCAGAAUCUUGCCGGUACCGCUGCGACUUCGGAACUUCUACAAACAAUCUGGUGCGAUCGUUUGCCACAUAAUGUGCAGACUAUACUUGCGUCGCAGUCUGACCAGUCUUUAGAUAAGCUCGCCGAUCUAGCUGACAGGGUGUACGAGUUAGCUCCACCGACGCCCCGCGCUCCACAGGUAGCGACUACUUCUGCCACCUAUACAGCGUGUCCAGUUUCACACUACAAGGUAGUCACACUACUAUAA